CCGGCUACCAAAAUGGGCAGUGUCCCCCUCCCCCGCCCCCUCGGGCCCCGCAUUGUCACCAUCGCCCGGCCGCGGAGAGCUGCGGCUGGGCCAGCCCGUGCCUCGGUGGGCGCCUGCAAGAGCAAGAUCGCGGGCUGCGGCCGUCCAGCCGGGGCCCGAAGCCGAGCGGAGUCCAGCCGCGCCGAGCCGUGCCGUGGGAACGCCUAUGCCCGAUCUAGAGGCCGCUCGGCGCCCCUGCAGUGUGCACAGUCCUGGGCCGGCUGCCCCCGGUGCCCCGCGUCCCUCCCGCCACGACCCGCCGCGGCCCGGCCGAAGUGGCGGCCAGACCCGCGCCGUCCCGCCCGAGCAGUGAGGGUUCCCCGGAGAGAGGAACGGGCCCGGGGCGGGCCGCGGCCCCCAGCUACUGUGAGGUCAGCGCGCCCGCCCCGUGGGUCACAAUGCAGCCCGCGCCCUCGACGGUUCGGUCCCGCCGCGCGCCCCGCCCCGCUGCCCCAGACACCUGCCCGGCUACCCCUGGACCAGAGCGUCCUACCGCGGCCAGGGCUCAGGCAGCUGUUUCCCGCCUGGGACCGGCUCCGGCCUCCAGCAGAGCUUCCCAGGGCCCGGACAUGAGCGCCCAGGAGCCCCCGCAAGGUCGGAGAUUCCCCAUUGAGGCCGGAGACUCCCCCGGCCUGGCCGCAGCCCCCGAGCCCCAGGACAG